AUGAUUGGUACCGUUAGAAAGAGGAUCCCUGAACGAGACCGAUACCAUCAAUGGCCUGAACAAUUGCUGAACCUCAGCCAGCUGCAAGGACUCUACAACUGCAAGGAUGGUGGAAGGGCCUUCCGCCUUCUCAGGACAAAGUACAGGCUCAAUGUCGAUCACAGUUUUUAUGAAGACGGUGUCACCCAACACUUUGCCUACCGCACUGCAGGGCACCACAUCGACUUCUCCCUCAAAGUCCCGGAUCACAUCGGUUUUGAUGUGAUCCUUCCUCCCCCUUCCAUUAAUGUGAAUACCACCUGGGGUGACCUUGGCUUUGACCCCACAGGCAGGAUGCUCUUCAUCGGUACACAGGAUCAUGACAACAUCUUUCUUGCCAUGGCACCUCACUCAUUCCUAGAUAAUGAUAAUGAUCCAAUUGCACUGGGUACCCAAUCCGAGUGCACCCAGAUGACUCCCGCACAUGUCCAUAUGGCCACUUGCAUAAUUCUCUGGGCAAUGGGCCGUAUCCCCAACAGGAGCUACUCCACACAUGACAACUACUACAUAGAUUUGUCUGGGAGGCUUGACCAAUACAAGGCCAUCACAGAUUGGGUCACUAGCUCACAGCAAUCAUCAAAAGCGAUGUUAAAUCUCUCCAGUGUCCGGUCUAUGCAUGACACGAUGGUUCAACGAUAUGAAUCACACUUCUUCGAGAAUGCACCUGAGACAUGGCAUCACAAUCCUUGGUUCAAGGAAUCCAUACCAUUGAUUGUCUUGAUGAAAUAUGGUCAAGACCUACUGCUUGACACAAGUGAUGUCAACUUGGAGCAAACCAUCACUACCUUUGGACAAAACUAUUCUUUCGAGCACAUAUCACGUUGGAGCUUUGCCAUUGCCACCCACUUGUGUGCCGUUGCUGUUGCUAAGACAGUCAACGUGGACCCUGCAACUAUCCUAGAAGAGCAUGAUGAGGUUUAUGAUGAAAAUAAUGAACCAAUCACUGAUCUCACCAAUCUGCCAUACCAGGACAUAGAUGGAAAUGAUGUUAACAUCUAUGACUCAGAGAAAAAUAGGAUUGAACAUAGAGUCCAAUUUUUCAGUGCAACAGCUGCACCAGGGGGCCCUCUCUUCCAGUUGCACGAUGCCCCAACGAUGUUUGACCACUUCCAUUAUGGUGACCGGACUGGAAAUGUGUCCAUCUCUGUCUACCCACAAGCAUUCAUGACAUGCUUUGGGCAUGUGCAAGCAAACACCAUCCUCCCUGAAUUCCACAGGGCUGCACAGGGAAUCAACAGUGAAUUGCUUUCUCAAACAAGGCAAAGACAAAGCCAUGACCCCAUUGGAGAAGACAGUGAUGAUGACAAUAACGAUAGUGACUAUGCACCCUCAAACCGAGAAUCUGAUGAUGACCAACUGCUUGGUGGUGAUGAACUUGACACCCAGGAGGUUGAGGACCUCCUCCAUCAGCAUGCUGUGGAGCCCCUAAAGGAACGCACAAAGGCUGAAGAGAUGUCCUCCUAUGUGGAGCGGGGGAUGCCAUUCGACCGAAUGAAGCACAAACUCACAUCCAAUGAUCCUGACUUGCGACCACCAACUGAUCUCCGACUGGAGAAUUAUUGGACCAUCAACUUUUCUGGAAUUGCACAAGAGAAACGGACUGGAAGAGCUGUUUUCGAGAAGAUUCUCACCCCCCUUGUGGACACAUGGGUUGAUCCGGAAUUGGUAGACAAACUCAGGCACAAUUUGGUCAUCUUCAAACCUGAGGUCCUUCAGCAGACAUAUCUUUGGACCACAUACCCUCUCUUCUGGGCCAUAGAUCACAUCUACCAAUCCGAAGUCCGACACAAGAGAGAGGGACAUCCAGCAAACUUGCUGCUCUUUGGGUUCUGUGGUGCAGGAAGGGUGCUGUCCACAUAUGUGAUGGACCCUCUUUUGCUUUCUGUUGGAAUCAAGGAAACUGGAUUCCCAUGUCUGAGUGACAUGGUGGGGAUCCACCUUGAACAAAUGGAAAAGAUUGAUGUCGAUGCAUCCAGAUGGCCGAAAGAUGCUGCUGGAGUCCCACGCUUUGCAUCAAAGCCACAUAUGAUUCAUUCUUCUGUGUGCGCAUGGGAGUACGACCUUUCUCUUAAGUCUCUGGAGGAAAUUAAUCAUAUGAAAGCCACCUGCUUCAUUGAGCAUAUCCACCUUGGUCUUCACACCACCGAACAUCUCCCCACCUCCCUCCCAAGGGAGGAGAAAAUCCUUCAGUCACUAGCCAGUUAUGUGGUUGAAACACUCGAGACAAAUGCCCUCUAUGAAAUUGAGAAGGGAAUCAAGAAAUCCCUGAAUGCAAGCUAUGCAACUGCAGACCGAGAUGACCGACGUCGCCUCAAUAUCCAAGCUGAUGCACUCAAGGAACUCUUGUCCAGGGCACACCCCUUUGACAAUUCUAAAGUGGCCACAGAGUGCCAGAUUCUCACACUUGCCACCUCCUCUCAAGCCAUACACUCAAUUUUGAAGAACCUGCCCCACAUUGAUGUCUAUGAAUGGGUCCAUGGCUUGUAUGCAAUGGUCACACUGCCUGACCUUGUUCAAAAAUCAUCAUCAACAAGGAGGGCCUUGGAUUUUGACAAGGGGAGGUCAAGUCAAUGGGCACAGUAUGAUUCAUGGGCGGACUUGAUAUACCCCAGCAGGAAUGCAAGACGACCUGAUCUGGGAACCAUGUCUGAUCCAGAUCGCCUUGCAGCCUCCAUUGCCAGCACCCAGAUUACAGAGGGAAACCCACAGGCAUCAUGGCACUGGACUGACGCAAGGCUUGGUGACCUUACAUGGGUCAUCAAACGUUCUCGACUUCCACUUGACUGGAUCCAGCAAGACAUCUUGAAGGACCCGAUGUCUCAGGAGCUCACGAAUUGGGUCACCAAGAGCUAUGAUAUGUCAGAUGCAAGAUUCCACAUCAGCCUCAUUGCUGCGUUCAUCCUCACUGCAUGGGCUCCCUUCCAUCAGGUCAAACACAAUGAAGAGAAGAUUCCAGUGGAACGGGCAAAGGGUGCAAACAUGGUUGAAUAUGCCAACAGCCUUGUAUGGGACUGUGAAUAUGGGAAGACUCAAUCAGGGUGGAAAGCAAAGCCACCACUCUUCCACCUCUGGUUGAUAUACAUUUGCGGUAUUUUGGUGGAGGACAGUCCUUGGUGGCAGAGACACGAACAGAAGGCCCGAACUCAGUCCAUCAAACUGGCCUCCCAUACUGCUGAGCAAGGAAAAAAUGCGGAGAUGAUGACCACGUUCAACACCAAGCUCCAGAGGAAAGGGGUCACCAUUGCUGUCCUUGCCCAACUCCACCUGGUAGAGGCCUGCAAACCUAAUGCAUUCAAGCCUGGGAGUCGCUAUCAGAUGGACUGGAGGCGCCAUCCGAAGGAGGUAUUGGAGUCUAGGCUUGCGACCAUUUCCAAGCACCUAGCCCAACCUCCACACAUGUGCCCUGUGUUCUGUGCAGUGCGAUAG